GCAGGAGGGUUGGAAACCAGCGCUGCUGCUACUGCGUUGUACCAAGAAGACGAGGAGGUGGAGGAUUGCCGCUCCUGCCCCUGCGCCGGCUGCGAUUCGUCGGGGAUUCAGAGGCUGCAAGCGCUUGGCAUUCCCUUGCUACAGCGGCCCCGGCUGCUUCUGCCCCUGUCCCUCCGCCUCCCGUAGGGAUCAUGGAGACCGUGAACUGCACGGGAGGCAGCGGCAGCAGCGGAGGCACUGACGUGAAGCAGCCACCGCACGGCCAACACCAUCCUCGCCACCACCAUCAUCACCCGUUGGCGGAGAAGAAGCGGCUGCACCGCACCCCCUCGCCCGCCAGACCUUUCUUGAAAGACCUUCAUUCUCGGGCUCCGGGUCCAGCCCCUGCCGCCUCUUCUUCCACCUCUAGAGCUCCGGCGACCGCGCCGUCAGCACCCAAAUCCCCGAGUCUCUCGGGCAAGGCGCAUCCUAGUCCAUCGCAGGCGCCGCCGUCCCCAGGGCUGCUGGCCACCCAGAGCCGCCUCUCCCGACGCAGUGGGGGCGGCCAACUGGGAGCUAAGGACAAGGGGGUGGGAGCCGGGAGCAAGCAGGGAGGCAAUGCCAAGCCCUCCCCUUGCAACAAGAAGGCAGCCCGGGCGCCAGCGGGAGAACAGCCGUCGAAAGCUGGAAAGCAACAGCCGCAGCCUCCGCCGCCACUUACAGGUGGGGAACAGGGACCCGCUUCUGCUAAAGGCCGUAAAGGCAAGCGAGGUUCCGGGCCCCAAGGGACUACAGCCCAGACUCCGGCCCCUGUCUCGCCUCCCGUUGUCUGCUCCUUGACCAGCCCAAGCCACUCAGCCCCCACUACCCAAGCCCCCAACUUCUCUGGCUCCCUGGCUCUGGGCUCCCGCAACAGCCACACAGACAGUAGUUCGGACCUGUCAGAUUGCGCCUCUGAGCCCCUGUCUGACGAACAACGCCUGAUUCCGACUGCCAGCAGCGAUGCUGAGUCGGGCACCGGCUCCAGCGAUCGGGAGCCCCGAGGAACCCCUACCCCUAAUCCCAGCGGGAAAGCGGGACCUCCUAGCAGCCCCGAGCCCCUUGGACCUCAGUACCCUUCUUGUGCCUCCCCCGGGAGCGGGGGCGGCAGGGCCAGUCCUUCAGUGGCCCCCCCUGGUCUGCUAGGGCCUGGAGUGGGGGAGGAUGCUGGGGGGCGAACCCAGCCUAAAUCGACCUCCGGGAGGGGCGGCCCGGGAGAAGACGGAAAAGGGAGGCCUGGCAGCGGCGGUACCAACCAGGCACCCAGCCCGUGUGAGCUGCAGCAGCUGGUGCUAGCGGAGGAGGAGGAGGAGCUGCUGCGGGAGAUGGAGGAACUGCGCUCAGAGAACGACUAUCUCAAGGAUGAACUGGAUGAACUUCGUGCAGAAAUGGAAGAGAUGCGGGACAGCUAUUUAGAAGAAGAUGUUUACCAAUUGCAAGAACUCAGACGAGAACUAGAUCGUGCUAAUAAGAACUGCCGUAUCCUGCAGUACCGUCUCAGGAAAGCUGAACAGAAAAGCCUGAAGGUUGCUCAGACUGGCCAGGUGGAUGGAGAGCUCAUCAGAAGUCUGGAACAAGAUUUAAAGGUCGCCAAAGAUGUAUCCGUCAGACUGCACCAUGAACUUGAGACCGUGGAGGAAAAACGUGCUAAAGCUGAAGAUGAAAAUGAAACCCUACGACAGAAGAUAAUUGAAGUAGAAAUCUCAAAACAGGCCCUGCAAAAUGAGCUGGACAAGUUGAAAGAGAGUACCGUGAAGAGAAGAGGCAGCAGGGAAAUGCACAAAGAAAAGAAAACAUUUAACCAGGAUGACAGUGCUGAUUUGAAAUGCCAGCUUCAGUUUGCCAAAGAGGAAGCCACCCUGAUGCGCAAAAAAAUGGCCAAACUCGGGAAAGAGAAAGAUGAUUUGGAACAGGAACUCCAAAAAUACAAGUCUCUUUAUGGUGAUGUGGACAGCCCACUGCCUACUGGGGAAGCCGGGGGGCCUCCUAGCACCCGGGAGGCAGAACUGAAGCUGAGACUCAAGUUAGUGGAGGAGGAAGCCAACAUCCUGGGCCGGAAGAUUGUGGAGCUAGAGGUAGAGAACCGCGGCAUCAAGGCCGAAAUGGAGGACAUGAGGUGCCAGUAUGAGAAAGAGUGUCUUAGCCGAGACCACAUCCCAAGCAUUCCUACCUCUCCUUAUGGCGACUCUGUAGAAUCGUCCAUGGAGCUGCGCCGCCAUCUUCAAUUUGUUGAAGAGGAAGCCGAUCUGCUCAGGCGGUCUAUCUCUGAGAUUGAAGAUCACAAUAGGCAGUUGACCCACGAGCUGAACAAGUUCAAGUUCGAACCCAGCCCCGAGUCAGUAUGGCCAGAGGACAGCAUCUGCAAAGGUGGUGGCAGCAGCAGUAGCAGCAGCAGCAGCAGUAGCAGCAGCAGCAGUAGCAGCAGCAGCGGGGGAAUGUUGCAGGAAGAGUUGAAGUCGGCUCGGCUGCAGAUCAAUGAAUUGAGUGGAAAAGUCAUGAAACUUCAGUAUGAAAACCGGGUGCUUCUCUCCAACGUUCAGCGCUAUGACCUGGCUUCUCACUUGGGUCUGGAGGAGUCCAGCUCUGGGGAGAGUGACACUGAGAGUGAGGAUGAUAAGAAGGAGAGUGACGGAGAGGAGGUUCGCCCAGGACAGCCCAGGAGGGAGGGGCCCAUCGGGGGUGAGAGUGACUCUGAGGAUGUCUGUGAGAAGACCUCAGGCAUUGGGAGUGGAAAACCAUCCGAGGCCAGCGACUUGUGCUCGGCUGAAGUCAUGAGGGCCAAACAGGAGACAGAGUCCUUGGUCAAAAUAAAGCAAGUGGCGGAGAGGCUGGAGAGGACCGUGGAGCGCCUCAUUACUGACACCGACAGCCUGAUGUAUGAUGCCAAACUGCACGUCACCGGGGAUGCUUCUCCCGAAUCGGGUUUCCAGGGCGAAGGGGAGACAAGCGAAGGGGACAAAAAUGAACCUGAAUUGUUGGAUGCGAUCAACUCGAAGAUGAAGGUCUUUAGGAAGGAGCUCCAGGCUUUUCUAGAGAAGGUGGACCAGGUGAAGGAAGGACUCAAAGAGCACCUAGAAGACCUCUCUCCUCUGCCUCACCUCACGGAGUCUUCUAGCUUCCUCUCCACCAUGACCUCCAUGUCCCGGGACUCCCCUAUUGGUAACUUGGGAAAGGAUCUAAUCACAGACUUCCAGUCCAAACUGAGGGAUCAGUUGGAGUGGCAGCCCAAUCAAGACCGUGGAGAGGAGCGAGAGAUUCACCGCCUUCGAGCCACUACGGAACCACACCGCAGAGCUGAUGGAGACAUUAAAAUCUACAGGCCAGGAGACAAAGGCUGUUUCAGUCUAGAGCUCAGGGAUACCCCUGUCUUACCUGUCCAGAAUGUAUCGAUACAGGAGCUCCAGGCUCAGCUUGAGCAGGAGACCAGACUUCACCAAGAGGAUCAAGAAAAAUUUAAAGCAAAGAUCAUCCAGAUGGAGCAGGAGCACCUGUAUGCUUUGCGCCGGAAGGAGCUAGAAGUCCAGAGCCUGUCCCUGCAGAACACCCUGGAGCGGAGGACAUGGGAGGAAGAGAAGAACUUGCUGCAGCAGGAUCUCCGUCACUUUAGGCAGAACACUUUCCUCUUCUAUGUCAAGCUCAAAUGGCUUCUGAAACACUGGAGGCGGGGCAAGAAAGGAGAAGAGGAAACAGAGGAUUUCAUGGAGAUGGAGCACCCUGAGACUUUACCAGGACUUGGAGUUCAUUCUGAACAAAAAGAUGAGGAUGAUGAAGAGAGAGGCGUUGGGUCCCCAAUGGAGUAUUAUUCCCAAAAUUCCAGCAUGGAAAUUGAUGACGAUGAACCAGAGCUACAAACUGCAGAGAUAUUGCAGCACCAAAAGCAGGCGGUGGAAAAUCGGAAUCUCAUAAAUUCCCUUAAGACUCUGCUGGAUGAUUUCCACUUGGAGAUGAGGGAAGAUGAACGGGAUCGCCUUGGACUGCAACAACAGUAUGCCAAGGACAAGGCUGCCUGGGAGGUGGAGUGGGCAGAGCUGAAAAGCCGCCUGGAGCAGCUGGAAGGAAAGAAUUCUGAGAGAAAUCCGGGAGAAGUGUCUCCCUCCUUUGAUUUAAAGGGAGCUUUCCGAAGGGAGAGAGAGGAGCUCAAGAAGCUACUUGCAGAAAGUCAUAGCUUGGUGAUGGAGCUACGCUGGCAAGUCCAUCACAAUGAGAAAAACUGGAAAAGGGAAAAAGUGGAACUUCUUGACCGAUUAGACAAAGAGCGUGAGGACUGGGAGCAGCAAAAGAAAGAGAUGCUGCGGAGGAUGCAACAGCUACAGGAUGGAAUGAGCUUCUUUGGAAAUGACAGUUUCUUUAGGGACUCGAAAGAAGUCAGCAUCCGUGUAUUUUCCAACCAAGGGAGUCAUCAUAUGCCUCGUUCAAUGGGAAGCUGGUCUUACUCCGAUCCAGACCAGAUGCAGUUUGAAGACCAGACGCUGUCGAAGUUGAAGCAGACAGACCGAUGCUCUGCCACAGAGAACAUCUUCUUGGAUGCGUUGGCCUUGGACGAUGAGCCCGAUGACCCCCAGCCGCGGAAAGGGGCACGAGAGAAGUUUAUCGCUUGCCUGCAUGAAGAAGAAGAUAGCUACAAAGGAAAUCUUCAAAGGGCAGUUUCAGUGUCCUCCAUGUCUGAGUUCCAGCGCCUGAUGGACAUUUCUCCCUUCCUGCCAGAAAAGGCCAUGCCUUCUGCCAACCACAAGGAGGACAUCACUCCUCCCUUGUCCCCUGAUGACCUGAAGUACAUUGAGGAAUUUAACAAGAACUGGGACUAUACUCCACCCCAGAGCCACAGGAAUGGGUUGGCCGAGAAGCCACCAGAUUCCUGGGCAGAAAGGACCGAGGGGGGGAGGUCAGGGAACGAUGUCCCCGGGUCAUCGUGGUACCUUACCACAAGUGUCACCAUGACCACCAACACCACGACCAGCCCAGAGCACUGCCAGAAGCAGCCUUUGAAGAGCCACGUCAUUGCCGACAAAAUGGGGGUGCAUGUGUUUCAUAGCCCACCAGCAGUCCGAAGGUUUGAUAGUUCAGUGAUGGCAGGCAACGAGGAGAAGAGCCAGGCAGACCCUGACUUGUUGCUCUCUGUGAACAAAGCCAAAGGGAGCAUGGGGGAGGCAAAAGGCACCUCCCAUGAGCAUGCAUUUGGCAGGUGGCCCUGUGAACACCCAGGGCACCACAGAGACAACUUGGAGGGUGGAUUCCACUCCAUGGAAGGCCCUGUUUGCACUGCCAUGGGUUUUUCCUCCUCCUCCCUACAUGGCCUUGAGAUGUCCAAGAACAUGAGUGAUGACAUGAAAGAGGUUGCCUUCUCUGUCAGGAAUGCUAUCCACUCUAGCCCCACAAAGCCCCAAUUCAAGGAUAUGGCCUGUCAGACCAACGGAUGCAAGACAAAAGGGACACAGACCACCCAGACCAUGAAUGUUGGCCUACAGACUGAAACCCUGCGUGGUGGAAGCAUCACCAGCAGUCCCCACAAGUGUCUCACACCAAAGGCAGGAGGUGGUACCACUCCUGUGUCAUCCCCCUCCAGGAACCUCCGGAGCCGGCAGGUAGCCCCUGCCAUUGAGAAGGUGCAGGCCAAAUUCGAACGCACAUGCUGCUCCCCCAAGUAUGGCUCACCUAAGCUACAGAGGAAGAGUCUCCCCAAAGCUGACCAGCCAAAUAAUCGGACCCUGCCAGGGACACCCCAAAAGGGCUAUAGUGAAUCUGCCUGGGCCCGCUCAACUACCACAAGGGAGAGCCCUGUGCAUACAACCAUCAAUGAUGGACUCUCCAGCCUGUUCAACAUUAUUGAUCACACUCCGGUGGUACAUGAUCCCCUCCAGAAGGGAAUCAGAGCCGGCAGCCGAUCUCGCUCAGCUGAACCCCGCCCGGAUCUGGGCCCGGGUCAGGAAACAGGCACAAGUUCCAGGGGAAGGUCACCUAGCCCCAGUGGGGCUGGCACCGAGACAUCCAGAGAAGAAGGUGGGGAAGGUACACCUGUGAGACAGGACUUAUCUGCUCCUCCCGGCCACACGCUGACUGAAAAUACUGCCAGGAUCCUGAACAAGAAACUCUGGGAGCAUGCCUUAAAGGAAGAGAGGAGACAGGCUGCCUAUAGCCCCCCAAGUCUUAAUAGUGACAGCAACAUGGGAGAAAUGAUCAAAGCUGAACCAGGGUCCAUUGAGGAACUACCUUGUUCUGCGUUAGCUCCACCCCUAGAAUCCUGCUUCUCCCGGCCCGAGAGACCAGCAAAACGUCGUCCUCCUUCCCGUUGGGCCCCACAUUCCCCCAUUGCCUCGCAGUCUCAGUCAACCGGAGACCUGAUAUCUUUGGAGGAACAUGGCGGACAGGAACCAGCAGCGGAGAAGCCAAAAAAAUGAUGCAAGUUGGCGUGAAUUAUCACUGAAUAAUUCACUGUAUUUUGCAUUACCAUACCAUCAUCAUGACCCAAUCCCUGUCCGUAAGGAGAGAUGUAGUUUUUCCAAGGUCAAAGAAUGUUUAAAAACAAAUAAACAAAAACAACACAGCUGCUGAAUGUUCAACCUGUGAAACAGAAAUGUUUCUAGAAUGAAACAGUUAAUGUGCCUGUAAUAACUUAAUUUUUUUCAUAGCUCAAAAAACUAUUUUUGUCUCCAUCUUUUCUACACACAGUAUAUUAAACAAAAGGUUAAUAAGAUAUAAAUUUAAAGAGUAAGAAUUUUAAAAAUGUACAUUUUAAGAGAUUCUGAAUGCGCUCGCUCCCCAAAUACUGACUGCCUUUUCGUUCAAUUUGCACUGUUCCAUUUUGGUUUGGUUUAUUUCCAUGUUGACUUAGGGUGUUUUAAGUUAAUUUUGUUCUAUUUUGAUGUCAGUGUUAUUUUUUUAAAGGAAGAUUCUUGAAAUGUUUAAGAUUAUAUGAAACAUUAAAUUUUAUGUAGUAAAAAAAGCAAUUUAGCUGACUAGAAUGGUAUUCAAUAGACUGGAGGGAAUACAGGUCAAACAAACACACAAAUAAAAAGUCACAAAGAAGGCCUCUGAAAGGCUUAUGAUGUUAGCUAUAUAAUCCACACGCCAUGCUUGACCUGCAUGCCUUUGGGUUCCAAGCUCUUGCGUGCAUGUACAUACUGCUACUGUACUCUGACCAUCGCCUAAAUGUGAGCCAAUAUGUUUAACUGUCGUAUUGUUGUGAAUUUCCCUGUACUGUACUUUUACUGUUGGUACUAUUGCAUUGAAGCAACAAAUACAACACAUUUUUAAAUCGUUGUUAAAAGUUCAGCUAGCAAUGUACGGUGUUUACUGAGAACUUCCUUGCUUGGAGAAUAUAUUAAGAAAAGACAUGAGAAUACCAAACUGUAAGAGAUGGUUGUAUCAUUGUAUAAGACUGUGGUGAAAUAAAAAUAAAA